AUGCAUAGAAAAGAGAUUAUAUACCAGAUGAUAGGACUCAUUACUAUUAUUAUGUAUAGAAGAGCUGCACCGAUGCACAGCAGCUAUAUGGGAUCAGAAGAAUUCAGUAGACUUGACUCACUUAAGAAGUAUUUUCCUGCAGCGUACACUCUGCAGAUGAAGCUUCAUGUGGAUGAUAUUGUUUCAUUAAAAUAUAAUAAGAAGCACCUUGAAUACUUUGAGUUUAUAGAAGAGGAUAAAAGCAGUAUUGGUGGGACUAAGUGGUACUUAGAAACACAGAGGGUCAGCACAUUUGAUGCAGUUCUAAAGGUGAUAAAUCUUGUAGAGUGGCAUGCAAAUCAGGAUAAAAAAGGGGUAGAAGAUGAGGAUCUAGAUGUCAUUGUAGAUAGGUAUAAGAGGAGUAUAUUAGACAUACAAAAAAGGUACUGGCUUGGAUACCUUCUAGUCUCUGCAAUGGAUUGUAGCGAUUUUGUAGAUCGUGUGUCUGUGCAAAAUGAACAGGUUGUGCUGAAUAUAAAAGACUCGAGUGCGUAUGCAAACUUUGUAGUAAAUACCUGCAAUGUCUUGGCUAACAAGCUGUUAAAAAAAGAAAUUAUUGAAAACCAGAUUCCUUGUCUUCGCGAUUAUUCACUGUAUGACGUAUGUACAUGGAUUUCUCAGUUGCACGAACACUUUAGUAAUAGAAGCUUUUCAUCGCAAAAAGAGUCAUUAGACUGCAUGGAGGCUUUUCUGAGUGAUAAGUAUGUUGCAGAAGUAUUCAAAUUAUUUAUUCAGUAUAAGAAAAGGCCAGAGCUUGUGCGCAAAGUUGUUAUGUCUUCAAGCAGAAAAAACCAGACAGAGUAUAGAGGGUCUCUAGUAUCCUUGGGUAACUCUAAGAAAGGUGGGUAUAUCCCUCAGAAUACACCUGCACAGAACAUACCAAGUAUUCGUAUAGAGGAUACUAAUGGUUCUACACAAUCUCUUGUUAGUAAAGUAGUGCCUGCUAUUAACAAUACAGAAGAAGUACGAAAUGAUCCAUCAGUAUCGGCAUUAGACCAAAGUCAAUACUCAAAGCACAAUAAUGCAGAAGAAAAAAAUAAUGAAAGUAAUGAAGACCUCUCACGUAAUAGGAAUUCUUAUUAUAAUGACCCUUUGAUCAUUUCAGAGAGAAGUAACUACAUGGAGAAUGUAUCUAGCGAUGCAAAAAAUAAUCCAUUGGCAGCUUCAUAUGAUAAUGCAGGAGUAGAUGGUGAUUCUAAUAAAAAGCCUAAGAGCAGAAAAAACAGUAAAGAUGAAAGCAGUGACUCUAAGAAUAAAGAAAAAGGAGAAUCAACGUGGAAUAAGUUCAAAAAGACUCUACACAUUGGGAAAAAUUCUAAAUCCCCAGAAAAGGAGCAUAUUAAGAAGAGAUCUGUUAUGCCCAAUACUAGCGAGUCUAUUAUUGAAAGGGAUGAAGCCGCGCUAGAAGAAAUUAACAGAACUGUAAAUGAAAUACCAAUUGUAGCGCAGAGACAGAGCAGGCUAUCAGCAGGUCCACCUUUAGUGAAUGUUGAUAAUAUGCGGGCAGAUGAUAUUGUGCACCAGAACCAAGCAGGCCACGUAUCUGCACAUUAUGAUGAAGAAGGAGUAUUGCCUGUGAUGACCAGUGGUUCUAAUCAGUAUAAAGUAGAUCCUAAUCUAUAUUCCCGGUAUGCGGAUAUUUCUAAAGAAAUCCAUGGAAGCUUCUUAACCCCAGAUAAAAGAAGCUCUUCUAUGCACGAUGUCUCAGCAGUACCUAAAUCACGCAGUGCUCUAUCAAGUACGUACCGUGCCAGUUCUGCAAAUUUAUUUAAACCCAUAGAGAAUAGCAGUGAUACUCAUCUGCAGAAAAAUCAAGAAGAGAAAUUAGGAACUAAUGGACCCAUGAUCGCCAUGGGCAGUGGAGAGUUAAUUGCGAUGUUUGAUGAUGACAGAGAAACCACGGUAUCUGAUUUUUCUGAGUACCUAGACUCAGCCCGCGAGCAUAAAUUAGCAGGUGCACCCAUACAAUACAAUGACUGGCGGCAUCCAGAAGUAAAAGAAUUAAUAAGCACAGAGGGUGCUGAUGUAAGGUCACAAGAAGUUGAAAAGUAUGAAGGAUUAAAGCAGAAUAUAAUAGAAACCCUAUCUCAUGGCUUUUCUUCUUAUAAUAGGCCCAUGCAUGAUGACCAGAAUACAUAUCGUAAUAGCAUGAACAAUAACUAUGGAGAUGUGUAUGCCCAGAGAGAAUUACAACAACAAUUAAAUCAGAUAGAAAACAGGCUAGAAGAAUCAGAAAACACAAUCUAUCCACAAAACAAUCCAUCAAAUUAUAAUCAACAGCCAGACCAUCCCAGAAAUCGGCCUGAGCUCUCUUAUGGCGCUAUUUAA